ACCGAUUAGUGGUUAACUGCACAGGAGGCUCUGGAACUUCUGCUCGAGCUUGCCGGUACAGAGCCGAGGUUCCUCCGGCGGCAGCUGGUGGAUGUUGUUGGAGCCAUGCUUCAGAUUGCCGAGGCAGAGUCGCUGGAGGAAGGGACGCGGCAUUUGGCGAUCGAGUUUGUGAUUACUCUGGCCGAGGCGAGGGAGAGGGCACCUGGAAUGAUGAGGAAGCUGCCUCAGUUUAUCAGCAGGAUGUUCGCCAUUCUGAUGAAGAUGCUGUUGGAUAUUGAGGAUGAUCCUGCUUGGCACAGUGCUGAGACAGGGGAUGAAGAUGCCGGCGAAACAAGUAACUACAGUGUUGGACAAGAGUGUUUGGAUAGACUUUCGAUAUCACUGGGUGGGAAUACUAUUGUCCCGGUUGCGUCUGAACAGUUGCAUGCUUAUUUGGCUGCUCCUGAGUGGCAAAAACGCCAUGCUGCAUUGAUUGCACUUGCUCAAAUUGCUGAGGGUUGCUCAAAGGUCAUGAUAAAGAAUUUGGAUCAAGUUGUGGCUAUGGUAUUAAACUCCUUCAAUGAUCAACACCCUCGUGUAAGGUGGGCAGCUAUCAAUGCAAUCGGUCAACUGUCUAUUGAUUUGGGUCCAGAUUUGCAAAUUCAAUACCAUCAAGGAGUGUUGCCAGCAGCCCAGCACUAGCGGCUGCCAUGGAUGAUUUUCCAAAUCCUCGUGUGCAGAGAGCUUAUAAAACUUGGAUUUAAAGUAAGAGCUACAGUGAGGAGUGCUGAGAGAGCUGGUCUACUAAUCAAGGAACAAGUUCUAUCUUAUGAAAAGGAUGUGAGGAGUGCUUGAUAUGAAAAGGAUGUGCAUUAAGAUAUAGAACAUAUGCAGAGUGUUGAGCAAAUGAAGCUUGAUGAUGGAACAAGUGGAGUCAAGGAAAAAAGUGUUGCCAUAAUUUCACAUAUGCGAAAAGUUCACUGGUUUGAGAAAUUUAAUUGGUUCAUUAGCAGUGAGAACUAUUUGAUUAUUAGUGGACGUGAUUCCCAACAAAAUGAGAUGAUAGUGAAGCGAUAUAUGUCAAAAGGGGAUCUGUAAGUAUCUAAUGAUGUAUUACACUACCAUGGCUCUUAACUAAAUUUUGAAGUUUAAAACAUUG